GUACAACUAAUCAGAGCAAAAUUAGCAGAAAACAAUAAAUUCAUCCAAGAACCAUGAACAUCUCCAUCCAUUACAUAUUCUUUCUGUGUAUCACAAUCUUGUUAAGCCUUUUCUCCUUGUCCCUUGGCCAACUUCGUGCUUGCCGCCCUUAUCCACCUUGCUCAAGUUGGAGCAACUUAUGCCCUCCUGGUUUUUGUGGGAACAAAGUGGAAUGGCCAGAGUUGAUUGGAAUGGAUGGACAAAAAGCAAAAGCUAUAGCACAAACGGAAAAUCCAGCAGUUACAGUAUUUCUUGUACGUAGUGAUGCAAUAAUUACUUGGGAUAUAUGUUGCAAUCGUCUGCGCAUUUUUGUAGACAUUAACGGCAAGGUUUAUGACACGCCUCUGGUGGGAUAAUAAUUACACGGUAACAUUUUAUGGAGAAGAUGAUCAGCAAUAUUACCUCUUCAUGCUCUCUUCACAAUUUUAAUUUGUUUAGCUAUUAAAUAAAUUAGCUAAGAGGAUUCAACAAUCACACCUUUUGUACCUCAUCUCGGACUAAACAUGUUGCCAAAGUUAAGGAAUUUUUACUUUAAAAAGAAAACGUUCAUUGAAUCUCUCUUAUUCUAAUCAAAACAUUUUUACUUCGUUAUGUGAUAUGUAUAAAUUCGAAAACAUUUAGUAGAAGUGUUUUUUUUUUUUUUUUGGUCAAUGGUAAGUAGAAAUGAUAUUUAUUUUCAGGUUAUUUUUUAUAAAAGCAGC